AUGGACAAGUUUGCGAUUAAGAAGAGGAAGGUCCCCGGGAAACCCGGAGAGCUUCGGGAACGACGCGGGGGGAGGCGCCGGAGGACCGGGACCCCCCCCCCGCUCACGCUCCUCUCGACCGACGUCAGGCCCGUCUGGCGGCACGUGGCGGCCGAAGGGCUGGACUGCGAUUAUGCGGUCAUAUUCACCCGGUCCGAGGCAGAUGACAUAUUCCUGAGGCUGGAGGAAGAGCUGGAGUAUUUUUCAGGUGACCUGAGCAGAGUCCAGGUCUACGGCAAGUGGUACCAGAUCCCACGUAAGCAGGUUGCCCACGGCGAUCCCCGCCUGACCUACAAGUACUCGGGAGUGACCCUGUCCCCGAAGCCCUGGCUGCCGGUGCUGGAGAGGAUUCGGGAGCGAGUCAGGGAGACAACAGGACACGUCUUCAACUUCGUGCUGAUCAACAGGUACCAGGACGGGAAGGAUCACAUCGGGGAGCACCGGGACGAUGAGCGGGAGCUGGAGCAGGGCAGCCCCAUCGCCUCCGUCUCCUUCGGGGCCUCCAGGGAUUUUGUCUUCCGGCAUGGCAGCGCGCGGGGCGGAGGGUCUCGGCGGCGGCAGGGGCGGCUGGAGCCCAUCAAGCUGCUUCUGGAACACGGCGGCCUCCUGCUCAUGAACCACCCCACCAACGUACACUGGUAUCACAGUCUGCCCGUCCGCAAGAGAGUGCUCGCUCCCAGGGUCAACCUGACUUUCGCAAGGUCCUGCGUCUCAGCAAGAAUUGACCGUGACGGACGCCCUCCCCUCCAAUCCUUUCCCCCCCCCGCGCGAACAAAGUCACUACACUCUGGGCAACGAUGACCGCAAAGCGCCUCGUGAUAUGGGCCGUUGUGAAGCUUAAAUAAAAAAAAUCACAAGUUCUUUCUCCGA